UAGAGACGGUCCUGGACUCGGAGUCCACUGGAAUCCAGUUGCUUGGCCAUUUGACCUUUGUGAUUUGCGGGUUUUGUGCUUCUUCUUUUUUAAUUUAAAUCCCAAAAUAGGCCCCAGCUGUCAGUCCAGCCACGUCUCUCCCCUGACCUUGAAAUACCGGGAAGGAAGUGGUCCUGCCAUCGUCACGUGACGCCAGGGCUCCCCGAAUGCUCGCCUGGCAACCGUCCUAGAGACCAACACCGCUGGCUGCAGCAUGAACGUGAUCUACCCACUGGCGGUACCCAAGGGUCGCCGACUCUGCUGCGAGGUGUGCGACGCCCCGGCCGAGCGGGUGUGCGCGGCCUGCACAGUCACUUAUUACUGUGGUGUGGUACAUCAAAGAGCUGACUGGUGCAGCAUCCACGAGAAGAUAUGUCAGCUCCUGAUUCCACUGCGCACUUCCAUGCCCUUCUACAACUCAGAGGAAGAGCGGCAACAUGGCCUACAGCAGCUGCAGCGCCGGCAGAAACAUUUGAUUGAAUUCUGCUACACUGUAGCCCAGAAAUACUUGUUUGAAGGAAAACAUGAAGACGCUGUCCCCGCAGCUUUGCAUUCCCUUCGCUUCCGCAUGAACGUGCAUGGCCUGGAUUCAGUUGAGCUUGUGCCUGCUUACCUGCUGUUGGCUGAGGCCAGCCUUGGUCUGGGCCGAAUCAUUCAGGCUGAAGAAUAUCUACUCCAAGCCCAGUGGACAGUGCUGAAAUCAACUGACUGUAGUAAUGCCACCCACUCCUUGCUGCAUCGGAACCUGGGACUUCUCUAUAUGGCUAAGAAUAACUACGAGGAAGCCCGUUAUCAUCUGGCUAAUGAUAUUUAUUUUGCCAGCUGUGCAUUUGGAACAGAGGACAUUAAGACCUCUGGAGGCUACUUCCACCUGGCUAAUAUAUUCCAUGACCUUAAAAAGUUGGACCUGGCAGACACAUUGUACACCAAGGUCUCUGAGAUUUGGUAUAAAUAUUUGAACGAUCACUAUCAAGUCCUCUCACAGGCUCGUAUCCAACAAAUAGAUUUACUGGGCAAACGAUUUGAAACUGACACUGGCUUGGAUGAAGCCCAGGAAGCAGAAGCCAUUCAGAGCCUCACUUCCAUCUUGAACAUUCGAGAAUCUACAUCUGACAAAGCCCCCCAAAAAACUAUCUUUGUUCUGAAAACCCUGGUGAUGCUUUACUACCUGAUGAUGAAUUCUGCAAAGGCACAGGAAUAUGCCAUGAGAGCCCUCAGUCUAGCCAAAGAACAGCAGCUCGAUGUCCAAGAACAAAGCACCAUUCAAGAGUUAUUAAGUCUCAUCUCAGCUGAAGAUCAUCCCAUUACUUAGUGACCCAUGAGCUCUGCAUCAGGGGUUAUUCAAGGAGCUACUAAAUAUGCAGUAAAUUCCAGUCUUUCACAAUGGCUUUGAGGUACUCUAAAUUGCUGAGGCGUCCACCCUCGUCCCUUGGGAUUGCACACAUAGCUGUGAUUUUAUUCUUACAUAGCAUAUGUGGGAGAAUAUAGAGCUUUAGGCAUAGAAAUUAGUAACACUUGCUUAUCAUGUGCUUUGUACUUGGUUUAUUAUGACUUUGUAUGACUGAAUAAUGUGUCAUCAGAUCACUAUAUGGCAUUUGUAAUUAAACUGCACAUAAUUGGU